UGAUGAUAGAUCUUGAGAAGAUCUUUCCGACGCAACAAGAAUCUCUUCAAUUGGAGCAACAACGCGAAAGCUAUGAAGAUUCAAAGUUCAUGAGCUUGCGUUACAAUUGCGGCGGUUACUAAGUGAAGUUGUGGGGUGACUUUAUAUGGAAUUCUUGAACUUUGAUUGAACCUUUUGAGAUUGAGUUAAGUUCUCCUCCUACAGCUUACCCCCUAAUGCGUCGAAAGCCAUAACGUCGCGAAUACUUUAUCAAUCAACGUGAUUCAAAUUCGGAACGGUAGCUGAGAUUAAGAGCUACAACAUAUCCAAGUUUCGCGACAUUCCAACGGCUAGUUUUUCGUCGACGUCGUUUCUUGUGAAGACGACUUUUCUGUCCAGAAUUUCGGAUUUAUAUUUUGAGUAAUUCUAGCUCCUAAGUUCACCUAGACUCCGUCCUUAAUACUAACAAGUGGUAUCAGAGCCAUAUUGAGGACAUUAAGAGGAGUCUACAGAAGUUUGAAGACCCUUCUAGACCCACCAUGGCCUGUGGGUGUGCGUAAGUGGUGUUCUAAAGGUUGGAUGUGUCUUCCGCUAAGGGGAAACUCUACCGAAAUUUCGUGGACGCCGACACUUGUGAAAAUAUCGAGGGAGCUGAGUGUGGACAGCAAAGGGGAGCUGAAAUUCGUCAUUUCUCAAGAAGGAGAUGAAUGAGAGAGGAGGAGAUGCUAAUGGAAGAGGAGCUGUAGCUGAGAAGACAAGUGAGCCGCCGCCAUCAAAAGUUGAAGCUUUGGAUGGCUCCAACUAUGAGGAAUGGAGCGGACGGAUGAGGAGUGCCUUCAAACGCUACAAGCUCCUGAAGAUUACUGUUGGGGAAGAGAAGAUGCCGGAGGAAAGCGAAGCACGCGAACGGUGGAUUGAGAAAAGCGCGGUGCUUUUCGACCUCAUCCUUCAAUCGGUCAACAAGGAGAUGUUCGAGCACAUCAAGGAUCUUGUGGAAGCGGAUGAUUCGGGCGGUGCUGCCACUAAGACUGCUGAGGGGUAUGGAGCUGCAGGGCGCGGCAGAGGAAGAGGGGGUUGGAGAGGCCGAGGCCGUGGGAGAAGCUUUGGCAGAGGUAGAGGCCGAGGUGACUAUAAUGAGGGGCAUGGGAGCUCCAGUGGCAGGGGGAGUACCAGAAUGGAGGGCACCUGCUGGUACUGCAAGAAGGUCGGGCAUCCUUGGUUCAAGUGCUUCAGCAGGCCGGAGGGAUGGUCACCUCCAGGCAUGAAGCCGCCCAGUGGUGAACGUGCACAAGGUGGCGCUGUGCAAGGCUCAGGUGCACAAGGUGAAGGUGCACAAGGUAAUGCCUAUCCUGGGAUGUUUCUCAUGGUUGAGGAUGUGCAUGGGCAUGAGGGUGAUGUGGGAUCUGUGGGAAAGGUUGUGAUGCACCCUCUCACGCACUGGGUGAUUAAUUCAGGUUGCACCAGUCACAUGACCCCACGGGCAGAUUUGCUUGAUGAGGUAAAACCCCCUGGGAAGAUCAAGUAUGUGGCAGCAGCGUCAGGUGCUUUGCUCCCUGUCAUUGGUGUUGGAAAUGCCAAGGUUAAGGGAGCUAAUGGGGAGCUUGUGGGGCUUGGGAAUGUUCUGCUGGUUGAAGGCUUGUCUGCUAACCUUCUCUCUGUGCGACGACUGCAGAAGAGCAAGGCCGAAGUGACCUUUGGACCAACCAGCUGCCGUGCUAAGCUUGGGAAGAAGGUGCUGUGGAGUCUGGAAGAGGAGACCAGCUGCAUCAAGGACCUGUGGCAGCUGCCCAUCAUCCCAUGGAAUGGGAAGACUCCAACAACAGCAACGGCAGCAACGGCAAAGGCAACAGCAGGAGGAGAUGCAACUGCACCAACUGAUGGGGUCCUGGAAGCAGUCAAGAAAGUGCAGCAGCAGCAGACACAUGGCGAGGUGCUUGCUGGUGUGGAUGCGAGCGCGGCAUGGGCCAAGGCUUCAUCUAGGAGUGGUGAGGCCGAUUGGGAGACAUGGCAUGAGAGGCUGUGUCAUGUGAACUUCCCUAUGCUACAGAAGUUGGUGAAGGAUGGGAGCCUGAAGGGCUUGGAGGUGAAAGGGGGAGUGAAGGAGAUUGGGAGCUGCCCUACAUGCUUGGAGACCAAGUUCUCCAAGUUCCCCUUCAACAGCACUACAGGACCAGCCAAGACCCCACUUGCACUUGUGCACAUGGAUGUGGUGGGGCCCACAAGAGCCCCUUCCCUCUCAGGUAGCCGCUAUUUCUUGACAAUUGUGGAUGACCACACUCGGGCAGUGUGGGUUUACCCUUUGAAGAGCAAGGGGGAGGUGGCAGCGGCUGUCCUUAAGGAGUGGAUGCCGAGAGCUCAGAGGGAAUGCGGAUACAAGGUGAAGGUGAUCCGUAGUGACAAUGGUGGGGAGUUCAUUGGAGCUGAUUUUGAGGGGGAGUUGAAGAGGAAGGGGAUCCAGCAUCAACUGACAGUGCCCUACAACCCGCAGCAGAAAGGCGUGGCUGAGAGGUUCAACAGGACCCUGCAGGAGGGGGCACGCACUCUCCUUGGGCGUGCAGGGCUGCCUGAUCCGUUUUGGGUGUCUGCACUGAGGCAGGUCGCCCUUGUGAAGAAUAGGGUGCUGGCAACAGUUGGGGAGAAGGAGUGGAUCCCAUAUGUCAAGUGGUAUGGGAGUGCUCCAGCUGUGAACAUGCUGAGGGCAUUUGGGUGCAUGGUGGUGUUUCAUGUGCCUAAGGAGAAAAGGGGGAAGUUGGAGGCUUCUGGAAGAUGGGGUGUGCACUUGGGGAUUGCAAAGGAUCACAAGGGAUGGCUGCUAUGGGACUUGACCACCCAGAAGCUGACAGUGUCAAGGGAUGUGAAGUUUCUUGAGUCCCUGUACUAUAAGGAAUGGAAGCAGCAGCAACAGAAGCUUCCAUCUACACCACUCAUUGUGGAGGCAGAUGAGUUGCAGCAGCCUUCAAGGCAGGUGGAGGUUGCAGUGUCUGAGGAGGAGAUAUCUGGGGUGACUGAAGAAGGGGGAGCAGCUGAAGUGGAGCAGCAACAGCAACAUGAGUCUCCACCUCGAGUUCCACACCCGCCUGAGCGACCUAGGAGGGAUGUGCGCCCUCCUGUGAGGCUGACCUAUGGGGGAAGAGGCAAGCCAAAUGUGGUGCAGGCUGGGAGUGUGGUUGAGCAGAUUGAGGAAGAUGAGAUCGCUCACUGCUACUGGGCACCAAUCCCUGAGCCCAAGACUCGAGAGGAGGCCUUGAAUGGACCAAAUGGGGAGAAGUGGAAGGCGAGUGAGGAUGAGGAGUUCGGGUCCCUAAUUGAGAACGAGACAUGGGACCUGUGUGACUUGCCUCCUGGAAAGAAGGCAAUCACUUCCAAGAUGAUCUACAGGCACAAGUAUGGACCUGAAGGGGAGCUGACCCGCUACAAGUCUAGGCUUGUGGCACGGGGGUUUCAGCAGACAAAGGGGAAGGACUAUGAUGAGGUGUUUGCUCCUGUGGGGAAAGGAACAACACUGAGGGUGCUGUUAGCGAUAGCUGCACUCCUGGGAUGGAAGAUACGGCAGAUGGACAUUGUGACUGCCUUUCUGAAUGGGAUCAUUCUGGAGGAGGUGUACAUGAAGCAGCCAGAGGGGCUGGAUGAUGGGAGCGGCAGGGUCUGCAGGCUGAAGAAGGCCAUUUAUGGCCUUAAGCAGGCGCCUCGUGCAUGGUAUCACAAGUUGGAGGAGGCGCUGUUGGCUGGGGGUUUCAAGAAGAGUGAGUGUGACCCCAGCCUGUUCCUGCUGCAGGAGAAGGAUGAAAUCCUCAUGCUCUUGGUGUACGUGGAUGAUAUCCUUCUCUUUUCUGCAUCCACUGCUUUGCUGGACAGCGCAGAGCAGAUGCUGGAGAUGCAGUUCAAGUGCUCCAAGAUGGGUGAGGUGAAGUACUACUUGGGGAUGCACGUGGAGAGAGAUGUGGAGAAGGGUGUGCUGAGGUUGCACCAGAGGAAGUACUGUGAGGGGCUGGCUGAGAAGUAUGGGCUGCAAGAUGGGGGAAAGCCAGCAACACCACUACCUUCGGGGUUCACUGUGGAGCCAUGUGCUGAUGAGGAGGUAGUGGGUGAUAGUGACAGGAAGCUGUUUCAUUCGAUGGUUGGGUCGCUGAAUUAUGCUGCAAAUCAUACACGGCCUGAUAUUGCAUUUGCUACAUCACGAUUGGCUAGUGUGGUCUCACGCCCUAGUCAUGAGCAGCUGGAAGCGGCCAAGAGGUUGGUCCGCUAUGUGAGUGCUACGGCAUCAGUGGGAUUGGAGUACAGUGGAGUGAGGCAGCGGUUGCAGAGAGGUGCUGCAGAUGUGAAGAGUGGAGAGAUGCUCUUGAGUUGCUAUACUGACGCUAGCUUCAACUCAGUGAAAGCGGAUGGCACCAGCAUUGGGGGUUAUGUGUGCUUGCUAGGAGGUGGUGCUGUGAGCUGGCGCAGCAAGAAGCAGAAUGAGCCAGAGGGGGAGAUUGUUGUGUGAUGUCAUCAUAUGCUAUCACAUUCUGUCUGCCUCCCAUCCCAUGUUUUCAACUUGCAUGUGUGGUUUGAAUGUGCAAGCAUUUGUGUGGUGUGUGUUCUGGAGUUUGGGAAUGUGUUAUGUGUUAUUUUGUUUGAGCAGGUAUUUGUGAUGAUAGAUCUUGAGAAGAUCUUUCCGACGCAACAAGAAUCUCUUCAAUUGGAGCAACAACGCGAAAGCUAUGAAGAUUCAAAGUUCAUGAGCUUGCGUUACAAUUGCGGCGGUUACUAAGUGAAGUUGUGGGGUGACUUUAUAUGGAGUUGGGACCUUUGGGGUUGGGGAAACUUGUCACUCUACUGUAACAGCUGCAAAUAGGUUGGGAACAACCAAGCUAGGUUGGCAAGGGUGGCCAACUUGGAUGGAUUGGUUGGGAAGGGACAAAGGUCAAAGUUGAGGUUCCUAUAGGGAGGGAAUCUUUGUGCUUAUGGGGUUUCCUUGGUUGGGGACUCUCUUGGGACCUUCCCUCUCAUCCCUCUCUUCCUAUCCCAACCUUUCUCUUGCUCCUUCUAAUUUUCUUGUGAGAUUCUUGAACUUUGAUUGAACCUUUUGAGAUUGAGUUAAGUUCUCCUCCUACAGCUUACCCCCUAAUGCGUCGAAAGCCAUAACGUCGCGAAUACUUUAUCAAUCAACGUGAUUCAAAUUCGGAACGGUAGCUGAGAUUAAGAGCUACAACAUAUCCAAGUUUCGCGACAUUCCAACGGCUAGUUUUUCGUCGACGUCGUUUCUUGUGAAGACGACUU